CUACGUGUCAUCGUCAUCGCUUUUUUCGCCGACCGACAAGACAACACUCCUCAAAAAUUUUCUCAAAAGUUUCCGAGUGAGUGCCGGAAAACGGACGGUCGGAAGAAAGUGCAGUUUUUUCCAGUCAUUGAAAUGGCCAUCUAAUCGGUGUUAAUUCUGUGAAUAUUGUGUACGGUUUUUAUUGAACGCGGCUGCGGUCAAAAGCCGGCGAUACUUUCGUUUGAGAGAGGGAAGAAAAUCUGUAAACCACUAAUUUGUGCUGUCGAGACGUGAUUGACAACGGGACGGGGGUUUGGAUCGAAGGAAAAAAAAUGGGCAAGAUAAACUAUCGGAAAACGGCCGGCUACUCGAGCCUGAUUACUUUCGCCGUGCUGCUGCUGGCCUGGCUGUGCGGAUUCUCCAGCCGAUUGUUUGCCGUGAUCCGCUUCGAGAGCAUCAUCCACGAGUUCGAUCCAUGGUUCAACUACCGUGCCACCGCGCAUAUGGUCGAGAAUGGAUUCUACAAGUUCCUGAACUGGUUCGAUGAAUCGGCCUGGUAUCCGCUGGGUCGUAUCGUUGGCGGAACUGUCUAUCCCGGACUGAUGAUCACUUCCGGCGGGAUCCAUUGGCUGUUGCAUACGUUGAACAUUCCGGUGCACAUUCGGGACAUUUGUGUGUUCUUGGCACCCAUCUUCAGCGGACUGACGGCCAUCUCGACCUACCUGUUGACCAAGGAGCUCUGGUCGGCUGGGGCUGGGCUGUUUGCGGCUAGUUUCAUUGCCAUCGUACCCGGAUACAUUAGCCGUUCCGUGGCCGGAUCUUAUGAUAACGAGGGCAUUGCUAUCUUUGCUCUCCAGUUUACUUACUACCUCUGGGUAAAGUCUGUCAAAACAGGAAGCGUCUACUGGGCCGCAUGCGCUGCGUUGUCCUACUUCUACAUGGUUUCCGCCUGGGGAGGCUACGUGUUCAUCAUCAAUCUGAUUCCUCUGCACGUGUUUGUUCUGCUCAUCAUGGGACGCUACUCACCACGGCUGUUCACCUCGUACACUACGUUCUACAUUCUGGGUUUGAUCCUGUCGAUGCAGAUUCCGUUCGUUGGAUUCCAACCGAUUCGAACGAGUGAACACAUGGCUGCAUCUGGUGUGUUCUUGUUGCUCUUCGCUGUCGCCGCUCUGAAGCAUCUCCAGACGGUCCUCUCCAAGCAGGAGUUCAAGAAACUGUUUAUCAUUGGAGGUUUGGCCGCGGCUGGCCUUGUGUUUGCUGGUGUCGUAUUGCUGACAAUGCUGGGAGUGAUUGCUCCCUGGAGUGGACGUUUCUACUCCCUUUGGGACACCGGGUAUGCCAAAAUUCACAUCCCAAUCAUCGCUUCCGUAUCGGAACACCAGCCGACGACGUGGUUUUCGUUCUUUUUCGAUUUGCACAUUCUGGUUUGCACCUUCCCGGUUGGACUGUGGUACUGCAUCAAGAAGAUCAACGACGAACGUGUGUUUGUGGUGCUGUAUGCGAUCAGUGCCGUCUAUUUCGCCGGAGUAAUGGUGCGGUUGAUGCUGACUCUGACCCCGGUGGUUUGUAUUCUGGCUGGCGUGGCAUUCUCCGGACUGUUGGAAGUGUACUUGAAGGAAGAUGUAACUCCGAACAACAAAGACGCGAAUGAUUCGGAGCAGGAAGAGGGGGCCGGCGAAAAAAAGCAACUCUACGACAAGGCUGGAAAAUUGAAGCACCGACCGAAGCAUGACAGCUCGGCCCAUGGAGCCCACGGCGAGCAGAAUACAGGAAUGGGAUCGAAUGUGAAAAGCAUUGUAAUUGUGGCGAUUUUGAUGCUUCUGAUGAUGUUUGCCGUGCACUGUACCUGGGUCACAUCUAAUGCCUACAGCAGUCCCUCGAUUGUGCUUGCUUUCUACAAUAGCAAUGAUGGAACCCGCAACAUCCUUGAUGACUUCCGUGAGGCUUACUACUGGCUCUGGCAAAACACUGCUCCGGACGCUCGUGUUAUGUCCUGGUGGGAUUACGGGUAUCAGAUAGCGGGGAUGGCCAAUAGAACAACGUUAGUGGACAAUAAUACGUGGAACAACAGUCACAUCGCCUUGGUGGGUAAGGCCAUGUCAUCCCCGGAGGACAAAGCCUACGAAAUUAUGACCUCGCUGGAUGUGGACUACGUGCUGGUAAUCUUCGGAGGUGUGAUCGGCUACAGUGGCGACGACAUUAACAAGUUCCUGUGGAUGGUGAGGAUUGCGGAAGGCGAACAUCCGAAAGACAUUAGAGAGAGCGAUUACUUCACCGAUCGGGGAGAGUUUCGAAUUGACGCCGAAGGAGCUCCGGCCCUGUUGAACUGUUUGAUGUAUAAGCUGAGUUACUACAAAUUCGGAGAACUGAAACUGGACUAUAGAGGUCCAGCAGGGUACGACCGCACCCGAAAUGCCGUCAUCGGGAACAAAGAUUUCGAGCUAACCUAUCUGGAGGAAGCGUACACCAGUGAGCACUGGCUGGUGCGUAUCUACCGAGUGAAGAAACCGCACGAAUUCAACCGGCCCGCCUUGAAGGCGGACGAACGGGUUGUCCCGGCCGGUGACUUCGUGUCGCGUAAAACCUCCAAGCGGAGGAAAGGUCUCAUUAAGAACCGUCCGGUCGUGGUGAAGGGAAAGCGAAAUAAGUAAACUCCCCAAUCCAAACGCCAACUACUGAUUCUACCAUAACUUGUAACAACCAUUACUGUCGACUGAGCGAACGAGCGGGAACAGAUGAGUAAAAGGAGUUUUUUUUUGUUUGCGAUUCCAUAUGGUCUUGCGUGUAGGUCGCUGUGAAGGGUCGAUUUGUUUUGUUUUAAAUGACAUUACCAUCUCUGCAAUUGCAUUAACAAAACCUUACCUUACAAAUGAACGCAAAGCUACCCCUCUAUUGUUUGGGGAUUUUUAGAGCUCCGAAUUUGGUAGUACUAUUCUCAUUGUUUGUCAGUGUUCUAAAAACUAGUUGAAGAUAUUCCGUUUGCAUUGCUAUCUAAAACUGGACAUUUUUUUUUUGUCAAACUAGAGCACAUUUAUUCGUACGAUAGGAAGGAAAUGAAAGGCAUAUAUUAUUGCAACCAAAAGAAAAAGAUUGGUGAUACGUCGACUGUUGUUCUAUUGAUUGUUUCUGGGUGACCACCACUUUGGUUUUAGAAUUAGAGACCACAAUCGAAUUGCUAUAAAUUAGAAUAAUUACAAACAUACACAUACCAAUUUGUAACUCACGUUUGUAUUUGCUCUAGAAGAAAAAUCUGUCCAAAUUGGACUUUGCCGAAUAUGUACGAGAGUAUGCUUUUCGCUAGGGUUCAAUUCAUGUCGAACAGCAGUAUGCACUCGUUUUUAUUUGGCUUUUUAGCAACCUUACAUUCGUUUUACCCAUAAAUCAAUGAUGAAAUAUAGUUUGGUUGUUUGAAGGCUAGAUUCUAAAUAUCUCGAUUCUCACUGGGUUAACGGAGAAAGAAGAAAUAAAAGCAACUGUGAACUAGUAGUAAAUAAAAACUAGCUAGCAUACGAGAAGUGAAUGUGAAUAAGAUACGUUACAAAACUAAAAAAAAAUGUAAUGGCGAGUAUAAACAAUAGAAACAAAAAUACAGUUUCAGUGAAAGAAA